UCAUGCAUUACAAUUACAAAAGCAACAAUCUUUGAUCCUUCUCACCAAAUUUCCUAAUCUCUCUCUCUCUCUUUCUCUGUGGGGAAGAUGACUUUCUUUAAGGCACUCCCUUUUCUAGCUUUCUUUCUUCUGUUACUACCUGUGAUUGCUUUGGGGGAUGAUAAUCCCUUAACUUCUGUAUAUGAUGCAGAUGCAGAUGUUAUAUGUGAUCUAGUGCAAUGUGGGAAGGGAAAAUGCAUAGCAAAUAUAAAAUACCCAUUAGGCUACAUCUGCAAAUGUGAGACUGGUUGGAACAGAACUACAGAUGAUAAUCUUAACAAUAAUCUUCAGUUCCUUCCUUGUGUCAUUCCAACAUGUAAGCUCAAAUAUAAAGGUUGCCAAGUAGCUCCACCUACUCCACCAGCAACGCCUGUUCCUUUGAACACAUCUAUUUUUGAUCCUUGCAAUUGGAUCUAUUGUGGAGAAGGUACCUGCACAAAAAAUUCAACUUUUACCCAUUUCUGUACUUGCAAAUCUGGAUUUACUAACCUUUUUAAGAUCCCUUUCUUCCCAUGCUAUAGCAAUUGUUCUCUUGGAUCUGAUUGUUCCAAGCUUGGAAUAACAGUUGCAAAAUCUCUAUUAACUGAUGAUACUGCAAGCAUUCCUGGAAAUCAUGACCCACAAGUUUAAACCUUGUGGGUUUUUUCCAGGUAGCUCAACUAUGGCAGGGAACUUGCAGUGGAGGAUCGUAUUGUUCAUGUCUACGCUAAUGGCUCUGAGCAAGUAGGAUGAUCAUAUAAUAAAGCAGCAUGCAGGAUCCUAUGCCUGUAGCGCCUUUUAUUAUAACCAUAUUACAUACUUUUUUAGAAAUAAAAUCCACUUCUUGGAUCGAUGCUGUGAUUAUAUUUAUAUGUAUGCUAUUGAUUUUUGUAUUGUAAUUUAUUUUGAUUGAACCCGUAUGUUUUGAGGAUA